AUGGGCAACAGCACGUCCCUCUCCCUGGGCAGCCCGCGCCGGCUCUCGGGCUCGGCCAUGGACGCGCUGGCGGAGUACCGCGCGACGACCUUCGACGGCCUGCGCGAGUGCCGCGAGACGCUCCAGGAGCUCGGCAAGGAGGAGCUCGACGAGGAGGACUUCGACCUCGUCUUCUCGCUCACGCUCGCGGACCCGGCGGAGCACUUCAAGUACUGGAAGCUCGAGCCGUCGCGGGCCGAGCGGCGCUGGCAGCGCGCGGCGCGCGUCGCCAAGGCGACGUCGCGCUGGAAGCGCGCGGCGGCGCGGCGGCCCAAGGCCCUCGCGGACGCGGAGGCGUCGCCGCGGCGCGGCCGGCUCCGCGCGAAGCGGCGCCGCAAGGACGUCGCGCGGUCCAUGGAGAUCUUCUGCGCGCUCUACCUGCUCUGCGACGAGGCGUGCCUCGACGCGAAGGUCGCCGCGAUCCACGCGCUCUUCGACGGCGACGGCGACGGCUACGUCUCCGCGUCCGAGUGCAGUCGGCUCCUCGUGUGCUGCUUCCAGGGCUUGAACCGCGCGACGCGGACGACGCCCGUCGUGUCCGCGGCGACGGUCGCCGCGCUCGCCGACGACGUCGGCGGCGACCGCGUCUCCGCGUCCCAGCUCCGGAGCUUCGUCGCGACGCGGCUCGCGGGGCACCUCGCGCCGUUCCUGCCAGGGCAGGACAAGGGUGAUUCAACGUUCCUGCCCGCGCGCAUGGUCCACGCGUACCACCGGCGGCGCGAGGAGCUCUGCGACCGCGCGCUGGCGGACUUUUUGCUGCGGUCCGGGCCCGCGCGCGUCGUCGACCUCGACGUCUUCCGGGGCAUCGUCCGGCGGCUGCCGGGCUUCCCGUCGCGCGGCGACGUCGACGCGUUCGCGGCGCUGCUGGACGCGAACGGCGGCGCGGCCGACGGCCUCAUCGGUCUCGACGAGUUCGGCGACGCGGUGGCCGCCUGGGUGGCCUUCGCCGUCGUCGACGACGACGCGUCCGGGUCGCUGUCCGCCGCGGAGCUCAAGUUCCUCCUCUGGGUCCAGGCGGGCGACGACGGCGCGGAGCCGGGCGCCCACGCGGUGGGCCGGGCCCUCGCGGCCAUGGACGCCGAUGCGAGCGGCGAGAUCGACCGCCUCGAGUGGCUCCGCUACGCGGCGUGCCGCGAUCCCGUCACGGGCGCGGCGCGCUUCUCCAGGGCCGAUCGCGCCGAGUUCGAGGCCAACGACCGCGACGGCUCCGCCGACGUGUCCGUCCGCGAGGUCCGCGCGACGUUCCACAAGAACGCCAAGGACGCGCUCGCGCGCCUCGAGCUGACCGAGGGCGUCUUCUCCGUCGAGACCUUCGAGCUCCUGAACUCGCUCGUGCGCGCGGCGGGCGACGAGAUCAUGCACCUCGUCGACAAGGACCGCGACGGCGUCAUCUCCUUCAGCGAGUACACGGCCGCGAAGCCCAUCAUCAAGCAGAAACACGACGAGAUCCUGAACUACGCCACGGGUCGGGUGGCGGUAGAACUUGAGUCCGUUUGUUCGCCGGCGCGGGAGGACGCGGCGCUGCUCGUCGGCGAGUCGCGCGAUGGCGUCGCGGCGCCUAUCUCCGGCCCGCCAGACGAAGUCGUCGUUGAUGAUGAUGUCGCCACCGCCGAUGUAGGCCUCGUCGCCCUCGCCAUCGCUUUCCUCCGGGUACCGCAGCGUGGGAAUCGUUCCGGAGACCAUGAGUCGCAUGCCGUCAUUAGGAUAAUGUGGAUUGGCAAAAACAUUGUCCAUCUCAAAGACCAGAUGCACGCGCCCCUCGUGGGGCUCGAGGCUCACGUCGCGGAGGAGGAUCGGGGCGUCCGGCACCGGGUCGAUGGCUCCCCCCAAGUCCCGGGCGUAGGAGACGUACGACUCCUGCUCCGAGUCCGAGCCGUCCACGGACGGCGGCGGAUCAUACCAGUCGUCAUCCGAGUCGCUGUCGACCAAGCGAAGGCGCUCGACAAAAUCACGGUACUCGGCCCGUUCGAUGCCGCUGUCCGGCACGCACAGGUCUGCCGCGCGCAUCGCGUAGCCGCCGCCGCGCCGCGCCGCGGCGGACCAGUCUCGAUCCCAAUCGUAGUCAUCGCGUUGCAUGUCCCCGUACGCCGGCAGGAACGAGAAGGCACAAAAGGAGGAUAG